CAAAAGUUUCUGUUCAUUCGUUGUGGAAGGUGUCAAGAAUCUGACCAAACCAUUUGCCCACCAUGCCGAAGACAUUCCAGAAAGUUACCAAGCAUAUUGCCAAGAAGAGAGGCGCCGUUGAGGCUCUUCACGAGUUUAGCAGAGAUGCCAGAAGACUGCGCCGAGCCAAUGCCAGAGAAGAUCGAGUCGCUCGUGUCUCCGCCAACAUGUCGCGGGCCAGACAGACAUAUGUGGAACGGAUCGCCUAUUUCCACGAGAGUGUCCCAGAAGGCCAAGCUCCGAUGUCAGAGGAUGAAAUGAAGGACAUCGUUGUCAGGUACAUCAACCGCAGCGUGCCCGAGAUCGAACAACUACAGAGCGAGAGACGGAAAGGCAGACCACCCAGCAAGCGCGAAGAAGCAUUGUUGCAGCGAACAGACGUUGAGAAUCGCGAGUUUAAGACGGGUUUUUGGAUGCCCGACUUUAGCGAUGAGAGUGUUCUCAAAGCCCUCGCCUCGUGGAACGGAGACUGGUCCGGACUGAGCACGAUGAAGUUCAUUCGCAUCACUAAGGAUGGAGCAAAACAACCUUCAGUAUUCCCGCCGAAGGGCAUGUCAUGAGCCAUCAAAAGUUCUAGUUUUCUUUCUGCAUUUCAGUUUGGGAGAUCGAAGAUUCGCAGUAUGCGCAGAGAUGGAUGGCAUAACGGCGUUACGAUUGCAC